AUGCAAUCAGUCAAAGCUGUACCUCAAACUACUUAAGUACUACCUAGUUAUUACUAACUUGGAGUACCUAACCCUGCCUUGUAUGAACAAUACCAAAAAGCAAGAGCAAAGCUACAAGACAGUGGAACCACUAGCUUACCAGAUUCAGUGAAAGGCAAUUCUUCAAGAAAAACCACUGCACAGAACUUUAUGAAGAGAAGAAAGAACUCUCCGAAGUUCAUUGAAGAUAUCAAGGAUAAUGAGAAGGGGUAUAAAACAACAGAAAACAGCAAACUUGAUCUCCAUACUAAAACAUUGCCUUCAACACCUCAAGAUGUUGAAAUGGAGGACCAAGAUGACAAACCACUUCACAAAGAUUCACUAGAGCUACCUUAGAUUUAGCCUACUAGAAAGUUAAUGCCUCAAACCAUCAAACCCUUAAAACUAGAGACACCUAAGCUGAAGCAUACUGGGAAUACGUUUUAGAAAUGCUUUUUAGAGAAAUUCUCAGUGAAAAAUUUUGCAGCACAGCUUGGAAAGAGAGAGAUGAAUAAUCCAUUUAAAGCAAAUUUGAUUAGAACAGAGGAGAAGAACUAUUUGAAUGAGUACUGGUUUGACUACUUCAAUGACUUGAGACAACAAGAGAUCAGGUCAAUGGUGGAAGAUCCGUUGAAGAAUCACCCAGAGAACACCAAGUAUCUAAGAGCUCACUUUGUCAACUGGAUUUUCCACGUUAACCAGUGCCUAGACAAGAAAGACACCACUCUACCUUACCUGGCUCUGAACCUGAUGGAUAGAUUCUACAAGCACCAAACAAUAUCGCAAUCAUACCAUCAGCUGCAGCUAAACGGAGUCACUUGUCUAUUCAUAGUCUCCAAAGUUUUUGAGAUUGUGCCCAUUGAUUUACCGCAGAUGAUUCAAGAGUUGUGCAGGGGCAAGUACUCAGAUGAGUAAUUUUUAGAUAAGGAGACUGAGAUACUUCAUGUCCUCGGUUGUGAGAUCGACUCACCACAUCUUCUAGAGUUUGUUCUCUUCUACAUAAAGCUCAUCAAGUUCUACAUCUAAGAACUGAUGGGAAAUAAACUUACCCAGCAGAUAGCUACUUACAUCGAUAGUUGUGAAGAAUAUGCAGUGAUGUAUGUGAGAGUGUGCAUCUGUGACAUGAUUAUGAUGUCAAUAAAACCUUCAAUUUUGGCAGCUACAUCAAUAGUCUACGGACUCUUUGUCUCAUAUAGAAACUAUAUGAAAAGUCUUAAGAGAGGAGAAAAGCCUCUAUAUGGAGAUUAAGAGAUAAAGACUGUUGUAUUUGCUUGGAAUGAAAUAUCUUCAAAAUUGCUACAAGAAGCUAAUCCUAAUGAGCUUGAUGAGUUCAUGAGAGAGAUUUCUGAGAGGCUUAGUUAUAUUGGCUAUAAAUAUGGAAAAGAACUUGAGCAUAUUUUUGUAAAGGAACUAAUGGACUAGCUGCCUAAAUUCAAUGAGUAAUGGAAUGAAAAAAUAUUCAAUCAAUUCAUGAGCUUAGUUGACAACCCUGAUCUCCAUUUGAGUUAUGAGGCUGAAUCUCCUGCAGAUCAAAGCUCAAUAAAUGAAAAUUUGAAUUAGUCACUUCUUAUUAUUCAAGAGGGCUAAGUAUAAGAGGUAAUAUAAUAAAAUGUGGAAAAUUUACAAGAUGCUGGAAAUAUUCAAUAAUUAGAACAACAGGAGGAAAAUCCAAAAUCUAUAAAUAUCACUGCAGAGCUUAUCAUCGAAUAAGCUUCAGAGUUGAAUCACGGAUAAGAUGUUUCCUAGGCCUAGGAUCAGUCAGUCUAAGUUAUAAAUUAAGUUGAACAAGUAUAUGAAGAGGUCAAAGAUUUGCAAAUGGAUGAAGGUAAUUAAUAAGUAAACAUGGAUAUGAAUUUCAGCGUUGCCAAUGUUGAAGAGCAGUAAACUUCUUAAUAAGUUAGCAUGAUCAAAGUAAAUAUCAAUGAUAAUCCAUCAUCUGAAUUAAGCCAUUAAGAAAAUGAGCAUCAGUAAAAUUAAUCUGAGGGAGUGGAUAAUUAGAAUGAAUCUUCAUAAGUGAACAUUGAUAAAACUUUUCAUACUGCCCAGGAAUCAGCAGAAUUCUUUGAUGCAGCUGAAGUUCAAAAUUAUCAGGCUGACAUUAUGGAUAUAGUGAUACCUAAGCCAGAAACCUUUAUGCAAAAAAGACUGAAAGAGUAUGAAAUGGAGAUGUACGACUAGUUCGGCUCUUCUUCCCUAGAUUGGAAGCCAAAACUUUCUAAAUUAGAACAGGCUAAAAUAAAUGCUAUAUAGAACAGAAAUGACUAACAGAGAUCAAAGACUAGAGAUACAAAGGAAAGGCAUUUAGAAUCAUGGAAGAUCGAGGGAGAAUAAGUACCAUCAUUAGACAGUUUAUUGUCAACAUCAAAGGCCAAAAUGACUAAAUUAGAGUAAGAAAAGGAGUAGUUGAAGAAGUCCGCGCUAUAGCCAAUCUAAAUAAACUUGCAAAGAAAUAUAGCAAACACUCCUCACAAUCAGAAUGUAUUGAUGGAGGAUAGCAUUAAGAAAAAGAGCAAGCUUGAGUUAGAGAAAGAAAAUUCUAAGAAGAGAGUCUUCGGGGAGAUUUCAAACAAUGACUAAGAAUCAACUUCUUCUCUUCAUGGGGCUACUUAGUCUAAAAGAGCCAAAUUGAAUGACUAUGAAACUUCAAGUGGAACUGGAUUUAUGUCUGAUGCAAUUAGGAAGAAGUCCAGAUUAGAACUUGAAAAAGAAGCUGCUAUAAAAGCAAGAAAUGAAGAAAAAGAGAACAUUUUGAGGUCGAUCAACUAGCACGGCCUUGUAAUGAAAUUUGACCCAAUGGAUUAACCUUUCAGAAAUUCUAAGUCCCCUAGGAGUAAUUUUACUAGCAAACAUCAAAGAUCUUCAGUUAUGCCAAAAUCUGACACCAACUUGCUUUUGAAGAGAGAUUCUAAGUCAUCAUUGAGUGAUAAACAGAUUAAGACUGUUGAUAUUAAAGCAAAGAAUGUCAAUGGAUUUAAGGAUAAUGUAGUGCAUGAAGUAGACCCUGCUCUUGAAUAAACUAUGAUUUUAAAAUGA